AUGAAGCGAAGUGUAGCUGUGGCCGCUUCAAAUGCAAAAUCGGUACUCAAUUGUCCGAUCAGUGCUUCCGCAGCGAUUGCAGAACAGGAAAGUGAGGCACGCCCUUUCGAAGAAAUCCCAGGUCCAAACCUUUUUGAGCGCCAUUUUGGUAGAGACCGAACAGUAUUUAGAAGUAAGUUUUUUGACAUCAAACAUGCAAGAAAUACCCGAGGCUAUGAUUACAAAAAUUCAGGCAAGCGGUCAAUAGCAAACUAUUUCCAAUGGCUCGUCGAUUUACAUAAACGAUACGGACCAAUCGUCAAGGUAGAACAGGGGUUUGGUCGAGGUGCCGUCGUGCACGUUUUUGAUCCAGAAGAUGCUCGACGGGUUUUUGCUUCGGAUGGCCGCCAACCGUUUAUUGUGCCUCUACAGGAAACAACACAACGAUAUCGCCAGUUGAAAGGAAUGAACCCAGGACUCGGAAACCUAAAUGGCGAUGAAUGGUACAGACUCCGGUCGUCGGUUCAACAGGUAAUGAUGAGACCUCAAGCGGUGCAAAAGUACCUACCGUACACAAACGAGGUGGCUCAGGCAUUGGUGGAUCACGUUCGAAGAGAGAGUGAGACCAGCACCAGUGGCGAAGUUGAUGUGUCCAAAAUUGCUGGCAGGUGGGCACUGGAAUCGUCUGCUCUGACAGUAUUCGAGAAGCGAAUUGGUGCCCUUACUGAUCGCAUUGAAUGGGCUGAUGGAUUGGUCAAUUUGAAUAAAGCCAUAUUUCGCCUAUCUGCCGUGCUCAAAUUCGCUUUUCCUCUCUACCAAUACUUUCCCACCCCGAAAUGGAAGAAGAUGGUCGAACUUGAGGACCGAUUCUAUAGAGAAGCCAACUUAUUGAUCGAUCAAGCAAUCGAUAAACUGCGUGGGUCAUCGGAGUUAGAGAAUGAGAUGAAGUUCGCCAGUUUGUUGAUCAAUCGUAAAGAACUCAAUGUGAACGACGUGAAGAUCAUUCUAUUGUCGAUGUUCUCUGACGGACUGAGUACGACAGCCCCUAUGCUUGUCUACAACCUGUUCAACAUCGCCACCCAUCCGGAUGUCCAAGCCGAGCUUCGCGACGAAGUGAACGCAGCUGUCCAACGAAAUGAAGAUAUCACUCCUGCCGUACUUUCUCAGUUACCAUUACUUCGUGCCUGUAUCAAGGAGACAUUUCGGCUGUUCCCGAUUGGUACAGAGAUAUCUCGGAUCCCUCAAAAGGAUAUCGUUCUUAGCAAUUACCAUAUUCCUUCCGGCACACCAGUCGAUAUCAAUACAAAUGUGUUAAUGAGGUGGCUUCGUGAUGUUUCCCGGCAACAAGAUUUCCACCCAUUCGCAUUCCUUCCGUUUGGUUUUGGACCACGUAUGUGUGCAGGACGUCGUUUUGCCGAGCAAGAUCUGCAGGUUGCACUGUGCCGAUUGUUACAACACUAUCGAAUCGUACACCAACAUGGGUCGAUCGAACAGACUUAUGAGACACUUCUUUUGCCGAAAGGCUGUUGUGAAUUCCGAUUUGAGCCUUUAUAG